GCCCUCAUGACAAAUAAAUAUUUGAGUGCUGUUUGGUUUCAAUCAUGCUCCAGUUGCUCUGUUUUCAUGUUAGCACGCUAUUAAUUCAUUCUGUCGUUAGUUCAAUGUCAGACAACGAAAUCUCAUUCUUUAACUGACAGUUUAAACGACACGAUGGAAUACCUGCUUCAAGUAAAAAUCGGUGUUUUGUUCGGUCUGCUACUUUUGACUCUGUUUUUUGGUUUUAUUCCUGCGAAGCUCCAGUGGUUCAGAGACAUCGGGACAGAAUCCCAUCGAACAGUUCUGAGCCUGAUCAGCUGCUUUGCUGGUGGAGUUUUCCUGGCAGCAUGUUUGCUCGACAUCAUUCCAGAUUAUCUGUCAGACAUCAGUAGCGAGCUCAAUUCUCUGGAGUCCAGUUUUCCCCUGCCGGAGUUCAUCAUGGCUGCUGGCUUCUUCACGGUGCUCAUACUGGAGAAGAUUGUCCUGAACUGCCGGGAAAUGAGAGUGCUCCAUGGUGAGAGGGCGCCACUUUUAACAGGAAACAGAAACGGCCACGGGCCACACAGUCACGGGGGCGUCCCGAACCCCGACCUGGAGAGCAGCGGCCAUCACGUCCACGUGGACUUCCAGGCUCACUCCCCGUUUCGUUCCUUCAUGCUCUUCCUGUCACUCUCUCUUCAUUCGGUGUUUGAGGGCCUGGCCAUCGGCCUGCAGAGCACCGACUCAAAGGUUUUAGAGAUCUGCAUCGCCAUUCUUGUCCACAAGAGCAUCAUCGUGUUCAGCCUAUCCCUGAAGCUGGUCCAAAGCGCAGUUCCUCCCUUUUGGGUGGCUGCGUACCUCGUCAUAUUCUCCAUGAUGUCACCAAUAGGCAUCGCCAUUGGCAUCAGUGUGAUGGAGGCCGAGUUGGCGGCUGGAGCUCUAAUCCAGGCCAUCCUGGAGGGACUCGCCGCAGGAACGUUUGUUUACAUCACCUUCAUGGAGAUCCUUCCUCAUGAACUGAACUCAGCUGGGAACCAGCUCCUAAAGGUGUUCUUCCUCCUGCUGGGUUUCACCAUCAUGGCAGGACUGACGUUUCUGGGCUGAAGCAUCAGAUGUCACACACGUGUUGGUCACUUUAGGACAAAAAACUGUGCUCUUUUGAAUCUAAGAGGGUGGUUCACUCGCGUUUACAGCCAGCUAUGGACGUUUUUAAGUCAAAGAGAGUUUGACGUCUUGCUUGUAUUGUCGCUUUUUUUUAAAUAUUGGUGAAAAUAUCCAUGAUGAAAGAGCUCAGAUUGUCUUUAUAUUAAUAUUUUUGUCUUUUUACUUUUUAAAAAAUGCACAGGGUUAAGUUUACCACUGACAACACUUAGAAACACAAGUUGGGCCUGCAAAAUAAAACUACGUUUUCAGCUUUUUAACUACUGGAAAAGUCCUGUAACUCCAUAUCAGUAUAGCCAACAUGUUUACAGAGUCCCUGUGAGGCAAUGAUGAAAUCUGACACCUGUUUUCCCCCCAAAAACUUGAACUCCAUUACUUUUUGUGAUUCUGAGCUGUUAGAAAAAUAUAUUUACAUCUUAUAUUUAUCCAGAAAGCUACACUCCAGUUUACUUUUUGACAAAUACACAAGCUUAAAGCAUUUACCUAGUAAGAUGUUCGAACAAAGAUCUAAGUCGAUCUUUAUUUUCUCUGGGAGAAUUAAGGUCAAACCAGGUCAAACGUCAUUCUUGUGCUCAUAGAGCUUCACUGAGACAACAAAUGCAGCAGUAAUCUGUUGACUCUAAUCCUGUUUUAAGCCAUCAUGUGAUGGGCAGAUUGCUUCCUUGUAGAAAAUAAGGAAAUAGAAAUGCAUGUAUUGAAUGUCAGCAAAAAUGGAAGUUGUUUUUCAUGCUCGGUUGAAUGAAUCUGGUUGUUUUGUUUAUUUCAUUUAGUGCAGAAACGAGCUCACAGUAGUGUUUGUUUACCACGGGGUCAUCUGUAAAUUUGAAAACUGAUUUAAAUGGUUGUAAUGUUUUGCACCUUACUGAGAGGUGUUCUUUUCUACGUAUGUAAAACAAUAGAGUAAGGUGUUAAGAAGCAAAUUAAAUGCAUUUCAUAGACA